AGCUUCCCCUCUCACUCUCACUCUCACUCUCCCUCUCCCAUUGCCGAUUCUCUCUCUCUCUCUCUCUCUCCCCAAUUCCAAUUCCAUUUUUUUUUUGUUUGUAUACAAAUAUAUAAAGAUGAUGUCGAAGACGUUCGAAGGAGCGAACGUGUUCAUGUCUCGGAACCUAGUGCCGCCGGAGAUCUUCGAUUCGCUUCACGACUCUCUCAAGCACAACGGCGCCAAGCUCUUCCUCUGCUCCGAUCCUUCUCGAAACGGCCCCGAUGAUUUCCAUGUCAUCUCUUCUACUGAUCAUGAAAAAUUCGAGCUUCUUCAAAAAAAGGGUUGUAAUUUGCUCGGUCCUCAAUGCGUGCUUUCUUGUGCAAAAGAACAUAGACCGCUUCCUAAACAAGGGUUUACUUGUUGCCUCGCAAUGGAUGGAGUCAAAGUACUGGCAUCCGGUUUUGAGAUGGAUGAAAAGCUUGAGAUUGGAAAGAUGGUGACUGCUAUGGGGGGAGUGUUGCAUGCUAAAACAUCUUUGGAUGUCAGCUUUGUUAUUGUAAAGAAUGUUUUGGCUGCAAAAUAUAAGUGGGCAUUGAAUGUUUUAAAGAAACCAAUCGUCACAUUAAACUGGUUACAUCAGUGUUGGAAAGAGCAUCGUAUUGUUUCUCAGGAGUCAUACAGGGUUCUUCCUUUUUCUGGAUUGACAGUCUGUGUUACCAGAAUUCCUGCAGAUGAGCGGAGGGAGAUGGAGAAAGUUGUGGUGCAAAAUGGUGGCAAAUAUUCUGCUGAAUUGACCAAGAAGUGUACACAUUUAGUUUGUGAUGCUCCUGAAGGUGACAAAUACAAGGUCGCCAAACGAUGGGGUCAUAUUCAUAUCGUUACGCGUAAAUGGUUUGAUCAAUCUGUUUCUAGAAGAGUGUGUCUUAAUGAGGAGUCCUAUCCUGUUCAGGGUGGAUCUUCAUCUUCAAUAAAUGGCAUGAGGACUUGUUUGUUGGCACGGCGCAGCCAAGACAAAGGUGUGGGAAAUUCGCAAUGUGCCCCAUCGUCAGUGGCUGGAGAUUCAAAUUUGGAGACUGUUUUAUGUGGUGGAAUUGCAGAUCCAGAAUUAGAAGCUACUCUCUCACAGAACGUUUCUACUACAUUUUCGGACACAUCUAUCUUUGUCAAAGAGGAGAGUGGAGCCCUUGCUAAGCAGCCUAAAAGUGAUACAAAUUUUGAUGGAUGUGUUGCUGAUGACUCUCAAAAUGAGGACAAUGAUUUGUACUUGUCAGAUUGCAGAAUUCUACUACUUGGUUUUGAUGCCUCUGAAAUGCGUAAGCUAGUCAACAUGGUCCGUCGAGGUGGUGGGUCCCGUUAUAUGUCAUUCAAUGAAAAAUUGACGCACAUAGUUGUUGGAACUCCAUUGGAGAUUGAGAAAAAGGAGGUAAGGGGCCUUGCAGCUUUAGGUGUCAUUUAUGUGGUCAGAACCGUGUGGCUUGAAGAUUGUGAUCGCACAAAAAAAGAAGUUCCUGUCCUUCAAAGGCACAUUGCUUAUGAGUUACUUCUUCCAAAAGAUCCUGUAUGCUCCAAUAAAGGAGCCACAAUGGGCAUAGCUGGUAUGAAACAGGGGAAAGCCUCCGCUGUUCAGUCUAUCUUGCCAGAUGAUCAAUUAUGGGGAGCUACAAAUUCUGGAUCUGGGACUCCAUUGGAUAAAAACGACGAAUUAAAAGUUAACUUGACUGAGGAUAGCUCUUUGAGACCAACAGUGAGAUCUGAUAAGCAUAUCCAGUUUUGUGCUUUUAAUGGUAAAGACAAGGAUCCACAGAAGACACAACGUCCUUCAUGCAAUGAAAUUCUGGAUGUGAAGUCAUUGAAUGUAUUUAAAGGGAAGCUAUUUCGUUUUGCAAGUUCAUUUCCACAAGCUAGGAGGGCUGAAAUUAUUCAAUGGGUUAAUCAAGGGGGAGGAGCAGUGGUGGAUGAGCAGACUGAACAGAAUGCACACUUCACUGUUGAGUGCCAUGGUGUGGUACCCAGCCUGGUUGAUGUUUCCAGAACUACCCACAUAUCCAGUCACUGGAUUCGGUCUUGUUUGGAGGAUGGAUGCUUGCUGGAUGUUCGUAGUCACAUUCUCUAUUCUCCACUGCCAUGCCGGGUUCCUUUCCCUGGGUUUGAAAGGUUUCGUUUCUGUGUUUCUCAGUAUGAUGAGAAAGACAGGCUGCUACUAAGAAAUUUAUGCUUCAUUCUUGGAGCCAGAUUUGUUGAAAAACUGACUAAAAAGGUCACCCAUUUAUUGUGCAAGUUCACCAAUGGUCCAAAAUAUGAGGCUGCUUGUAAAUGGCAGAUACAGACAGUUACAUGUGAGUGGAUUUACGAGUGUAUUAAGCAGAGUGAAGUUGUUGCACCCGGUUCAUUUUGUCCAAAGAAAGUUACUUCUCAGGACCGAGAGGCAGGACUCUGCACUUUAAGCCAGUAUCCUACACAAGCCACUAGAAUGAUAUCUGGAGAUGAUGCAUCUCAGUUUCCAAGUCAGUCCCAGGACCCGAGAAAUAUACAGAGUCGAGCUAUUGGCACGAGUGACAACAGUAGGGAAGAGGCAAAGUUUUCAAGUAUUUGUGGUAAAAGGGCAAGGCUUUUUGAAGAAGACAUUGAUAAGGGUAUACUAUCUUCUGGAUCAAAUCAUAGUGAUCCUACCUGCAAAAUGACUUCCACAGGAAACAACAUACCACGAAACACUGGAGAAGUUUCUAAUGCUGUACCUGACGUGGCUGCUGCUAUUGAGGAUUUGUUAGCACAGACUAGUAAGAUUCAUGAUCUGAAGUCUCCGGGGAGUAUCGAAUGCGAUAAAAAUCUUUUCUCAUCUGAUUGUUCAAUCCUUGGUCAAGAUCAGGCAGAUCCGCAUUCUGCCUUUGUGUUGUCCAAGCACUGGAUAAAUAGGGCUGACAGAAAGGAUGAUGUUUGUGAUCCUUCUGGAGAUCGGAAUGCAGGCAUGUAUGACGGCUUUAGUGAAACGCAAACAGAAUCUCAGGUUGUUGGUUAUGAAGAAGAUUUAUCUGGCCGGCAAAUGAUUAUAGAUAGAGUCCGAACAAGGAGUAGCAUGAUUUGAACUCCCACUGCAACUCUCAACUGACCAAAAUGACAUGAAUACCAGUACAGAGAAACAGAACAAAAACAACAUGCUGAAUUUAGGGUUCAAGAAAUUGAAUAUAGUAAAUGAGUCUGUUGUAUUCGUAUUGGAUGUGAGCCCUUUAGGUAAGGAUUAGAUAAGGUCUUUAAUCUCCUUGCAAGUUAGCCAUUUUGGGCUGUGUGGUAGGUUGACCCUCGUGAAAUUCAUUUGGGUAUUUCCCGUUGUGUAGAUACGAACAUUCCUACCUCUUGUUGAAAGAGAGAAGAAAAAAAAAAAAAAAAAAAAAAAGAA